CUUUGAUCAGCUAAGUUUUAGGAUAAUCGUUUAUUCGUAUAACACCAAUCGUUGAAUUUGAGAGGAGAAACUUAGACCGCAAGCAAGAAGCCUUUCUCUUCUCUUGACCUUGAGAAUAAUUCCUCUGCCUUGAGUUGCACUCUGCCGACGAUGGCUCCACCGUACUCGUCAGACGAUAGCCAUUCUCCGGUAAACUCAACAGUGAUUGCCAUUGACAAAGAGAAGCAUAGCCAUUACGCGGUUCGUUGGGCCGUCGACCAUCUAGCCAAUACCAUUCACAACCCACUCAUCAUUCUUCUUCAUGUUCGUCUCAAAAGUUCAAAUUAUGGAGGGAAUGGAGCCAGUGAUGACCUGAACCAGCUUUUCAUUCCAUAUCGAGGAUAUUGUGCACGCAAAGGGAUUUCCAUGUCGGAGGCUGUUAUAGACGAUUCGGACGUGGCGAAAGCAAUAUUGGAGUAUGUUAAUAGCAACCUGGUUAACAAUCUUGUGUUGGGAGCAUCCGCCAAGAACACAUACACAUUUGCUAGGUCUCUUAUGUUUAGUAAACACCACGACGUGCAAGGUGCCAUAAUGAAAUCGAUACCUGAUUUUUGUUCAGUCUACGUAAUAUCCAAAGGAAAAGUUCAGUCUUCUCGACCAGCUCAAAGACCUAUCACCAACACACUUGCACCUCCUCGUGUACCCUCCUCUGGCUUUCUAAUCCAGUCGUUAUCGGAUAGCGAGCAAGAUCCUGUGCCUACCGGCCAACGUAGUGCAAGGAGAAAACCUACAGAGAUAUACCCACACAAUCGUACCCCCACCAACCCCACGCAAGAAAGGCACAAAGCCCCUAUAAAUGGGUCGAUGGAUUUUAACAAUGCCUUUACCCAAGUUGCGUUCCAAAGGAAUCCCACGAUACAAAGUUCCUUUUCUGACGAAUCUGAAGGUGGUAUGAGGGGCUCCAUUGAUGUAUCUUCUCAUAAUUCAGAUGUAUAUGGCGCAUCAUGUUCUUCAGACGAGUCAAAUGCUCAAACAACCAAAGAUAUUGAAGCUGAAAUGAGAAGGCUGAAGCUUGAACUAAAGCAAACUAUGGAUAUGUAUAGCUCAGCUUGUAAAGAAGCACUUACAGCAAAAAGAAAGGCAAACGAGCUAAACCAAUGGAAAAUAGAAGAAGCUCUUAAGUUCGAGAAAGCCAAGCUAUCUGAAGAAGCAGCAUUGGCAGUGGCAGAAAUGGAGAAGGCAAAGUGCAGAACGGCCUUAGAGGCAGCUGAGAAAGCUCAGAGAAUGGCAGAGCUAGAAGGACAAAGAAGAAAGCAAGCAGAGAUAAAAGCAAGAAAUGAAUCAGAGGAUAAAGACCGUGCAAUGAAUGCUUUAGCACACAACGAUGUUCGUUACAGAAGAUACUCCAUAGAAGAGAUCGAAGAAGCCACAGAGAACUUUGCAAAUCACAGAAAAAUUGGAGAAGGAGGUUAUGGACCUGUGUACAAAGGCGAACUUGACCACACUCCUGUUGCCAUUAAAGUCUUGAGACCAGAUGCUGCUCAAGGAAAAAAACAAUUUCAACAAGAGGUUGAAGUUCUAAGUAGCAUAAGGCAUCCUCACAUGGUCCUUCUCCUUGGUGCAUGUCCAGAAUAUGGAUGCUUGGUUUACGAGUUAAUGGAAAAUGGGAGCUUAGAGGACAUACUCAUCCGGAGAGGAAACUCUAAACCGCUUUCUUGGAGGAAACGUUUCGAAAUAGCGGCAGAGAUUGCUACCGCCCUCUCAUUCCUCCAUCAAGCUAAACCAGAACCUCUAGUUCACCGCGACCUCAAACCGGCCAACAUACUCCUAGACAAAAACUACGUGAGCAAGAUCAGUGACGUUGGUUUAGCACGAUUAGUCCCUGCGUCAGUAGCUAAUAACGUCACGCAAUACCACAUGACAUCUGCGGCAGGAACAUUCUGUUACAUAGACCCUGAGUAUCAACAGACAGGAAUGUUAACCACAAAGUCAGACAUAUACUCGUUGGGGAUAAUGCUGCUUCAGAUCAUUACCGCAAGGCCUCCCAUGGGGCUGGCCCACCAUGUCUCGAGGGCGAUCAGUAGAGGAACUUUAAAGGACAUGCUUGACCCGACCGUGCCCGAUUGGCCUCUACAAGAGGCUCAAGCUUUUGCAGCUAUGUCGUUGAGAUGCGCUGAGCUUAGAAAAAGAGAUAGACCGGAUCUUGGGAAGGAUGUUGUCCCACUACUUAUUCGAUUAAAGAACUUAGGUAAUGAUGCUGGUUUAACUCGUGCUGAUGAAAGCUAACGUAUGGAUAUGACAAAGAACUUUGUACAUUCAAACAUAUGAUUUGAGAUGUUUUUUAUUUAUAAAUUUAAUGUUAAAUUAAAUAUAAUGGCUUGUGUUAGAAUUCGAACCAAGUGUCUCUCAUAUUCCUCGUUAGUUUAUCUUUAUGUUUUCACAACAUACCAAUAUCAUGUUGACGUUCAGGUUGAUUUUUAAGUGGAGACAUGUAAUAGUGUGAAGUUAUGAACCCAUAAAACAUCCAUAAUGGAAGAAACAAGAGACCGCACACAUACUAUAGUUUUAACCGAUACAACACUCUUCUCUUACUAAAUGGUACAGGCGUACCGUUACAAGGCCAGUUCUGUUAUAUGAUUACAGCUAUGUGUGUUUAAUCUUACACUAAUAAAAGUUGAGACUAUGGAUGUUCUUAAGGGUAUAAUUUAAACAAUAUGAGUUUGUUAUUAGUGAGAUACCACUAGCAUUUUAUGAUUUUUAAAAGGAUCUGCUGAGAUUAUGAUAUCUAGAACGAACAUCAAAUAUAUCCUAAAAGUAAAUGGUUAGAUCUCAUGAAACACAUUGACAACAUUAUGAAGAAGUCGAUAGAGAGUAACUGUUAUCAAUUCUUACCAAUGAUAUCUCAAAAAUAUACUAUUAGUAUAAGUUAAUUUUGUAAUUACAUUUUAAACAAAAUGAAAUUUAGCAAAUUGAUAAAGUGAAAUUUUCUUUGGAGUCUCUCACUUUGUUUUGAGUUUUCAAAUGAAAGACUUAUCUCUCUUCUUUCCUUAACUUUUCUAUUUUUCAAAAAAAUUCUAUUUAUUUUCCUAAUUUAAUUAGGAAACUUCUCUAUAUACCCAUUGUUGAGGUGGUCAUCAUCAUUCAUCAAACUUCAUUUGAAAGACUAUAAUUCCUAAAUGACUGUAACAGAAAAAGUUUCUUCCCAAAUGUCCUUAAAUGUGGGUCUCUAUGUUAUCUUAAUAAUAUGGAGGUAAAUAUAAGAAUAUCUAAAGCCUUAGAGGGAGAGUGUGAGCAGCAAAGGGUUUUACUCCUUUGGAGAUCUUCUCAUUCUUCUUUGCGGCGAUUGACUACUGCUUGAGAUAUCUCUUGUUCGAUUCACAGUCUUCGUUGGUAAGUCCUCUCUCUUCACCUUGCUCUAUCACUCUCACUCUCUCUCUGCUUUUCCCUUGAGUUGCUAUGUAAUGUGAUUUAUUGCGA